AUGGCAUAUAAUUCCCUUUUCCCUUUUCCCCUUUUCCUCUCUCUCUCUAGCGAUCGAGAGAGUACAGACAAAUCAUUUGCUUCCAUUGAUUUUUCCUUCAUUUUCCUUCUCAGCCGCGUUAAUGGCGACCCUGGUUUUGGUGGUUUGGUUGGUGAGAAGGAAUAAAUGUUGCCUUCUAAAGCCAAGGCCCUACAUUCACACUCUGGGUUUCAUUUCUUAAUUCCCCAUUUCAAUCUAAUCUCAACUAAAACAAAGAACAAGAGAGAGAGAGAGACAGAGAGACAGAGAGUUUUCGCCAUUGCUCUCUCCUGCACGUGCUUCAGCCACUCCGAUUGGGUGCUCAACCAACCCUUCUUCAAUUCUCUUCUUUACAGGGUUUUAUGCAAUUUCUGUACGGGUUUUAGGAGAAAUGUUGGGGAUGUUUUUUAUUAUCUUCAAAACCCAGAUCGUAAAUCGAUCUAAAUCGGAUUCCUAAAAUGCCAUAUGGAUAGAUAGAUUGGCCCAGAAAUUGUUCUAAAUCUCCUUGAGCAUGAGAAGGGUUCCACGGCUUUGUUUUUCUUCUCAUGCUCUUCUGUUCUUGAUUACAUUUCUCAUCGGAUUUUGUUCCGCCAUCACUGAGAAGGACAUUUUACUUCAAUUCAAAGGUGCUGUUACAGAGGAUCCGUUUGAUUUCUUGAAAACUUGGGUCGCCGGCGAGGAUCAUUGCCUGAACUUCAGCGGCGUGUUGUGUAAUUCCGAUGGUUUUGUGGAGAAGAUUGUGCUAUGGAACACCAGCUUGGCUGGAACUUUAUCGCCUGCCUUGUCCGGAUUGAAGUUCUUGAGGACUUUGGCAUUGUAUGGAAAUAGAUUUACUGGCAAUAUUCCAAUUGAAUAUGGCAACAUUGUUACUCUUUGGAAGCUGAACUUGAGCUCGAAUGCUUUGUCAGGUUCGGUCCCGGAGUUCAUUGGCGAUUUGCCAAACAUUCGGUUUCUAGAUUUGUCUAGAAAUGGCUUUACAGGGAAGAUUCCUUCAGCUGUGUUCAAGAGUUGUCUCAAAACUAGAUUUGUGUCGUUUUCUCAUAACAGAUUUUCAGGUAUGAUUCCUUCAACAAUUAUGAACUGUUUGAACCUUGAAGGCUUUGAUUUCUCAAACAAUGAUCUAAGUGGGAGUAUUCCUUUGCAACUUUGUAACAUUCAAAGAUUAGAAUAUGUUUCUGUGAGAAGCAAUUCACUUACUGGGAGUGUUCAAAGGCAGUUCUCUGCUUGCCAGAGCUUGAAACUUGUGGAUCUUAGUAGCAAUUCGUUCACUGGGUCGCCACCGAUCGAGGUUCUCGGAUUCAAAAACAUCACUUAUUUUAAUGUCUCAUAUAACAGGUUUAGUGGGGGAAUUGCAGAGGUUGUGGGUUGUAGUGAUAAUCUGGAAGUUCUUGAUGUUUCAUGGAAUGAAUUAGAUGGGGAGAUCCCAUUGAGCAUUACAAAGUGUAGGAGCCUUAAAAUCUUGGAUUUGGAAUCUAACAAGCUGGUUGGGAGGAUCCCUGCUGAACUUGCAGAUUUGAACAAGCUUUUGGUGGUUCGGUUGGGUUAUAACUCGAUCACCGGGACAGUUCCAGCCAUUUUCGGGAACAUCGAGCUGCUUCAGGUUUUGAAUUUGCACGGUCUCAAACUUGUUGGUGAGAUACCUGCUGAUAUAACCAGUUGCAGGUUUCUUCUUGAGCUGGAUAUUUCUGGUAAUGAAUUGGAAGGGGGAAUUCCUCAAUCUGUUUAUAACAUGACAUACCUUGAAAUUCUUGAUCUUCAUGAUAACCAUCUGAACGGACUCAUUCCGUCGACGCUUGGGAGCCUCUCAAAACUACAGUUUCUGGAUCUAUCUCGAAAUCUACUGUCUGGUUCGAUACCUCCUACUCUUGAAAAUCUCACAUUGCUGCACCAUUUCAAUGUCUCGUCCAAUAACCUUUCAGGCAUUAUACCUCCCGCCAAGACGAUCCAAGGUUUCGGGCCAUCUGCAUUCUUAAACAAUCCUUUUCUUUGUGGUGCUCCCUUGGAUCCUUGCUCUGCUAAUAACGCCACUGGCACGACUUCCAUAUCGAAGAAGCCUAAAGUUCUUAGUCUAUCUGCAAUCAUUGCAAUUGUAGCAGCAGUUGUGAUCCUGGCCGGGGUUUGCGUGAUCUCGAUUUUGAACCUAAUGGCUCGGACAAGGAAGGCGAGGAGCACGGAAAUCAUUGAGAGCACACCACUCGGUUCAACCGAUUCAGGUAUCAUAAUUGGGAAGCUGGUUCUUUUCAGCAAAUCCUUGCCAUCGAAGUAUGAAGACUGGGAGGCUGGCACCAAAGCGCUGCUCGACAAGGAAUGUCUUAUAGGGGGUGGCUCUAUCGGCACUGUCUACAAGACAAGUUUUGAUGUCGGAAUCUCCAUUGCUGUAAAGAAGCUGGAGACUCUUGGGAGGAUCAGAACCCAAGACGAGUUCGAGACAGAAAUUGGACGUUUGGGAAACAUUAAACACCCUAACUUAGUCGCUUUUCAGGGAUACUAUUGGUCUUCGUCAAUGCAGUUGAUUCUAUCAGAAUUCGUCGUAAAUGGCAAUCUUUACGACAAUUUACACGGUAUGAGUUAUCCAGGCACCAGCACAGGCAUUGGCAAUACAGAGUUACAUUGGUCUAGGAGAUAUCAAAUUGCACUUGGAACAGCUAGAGCUCUUGCUUAUCUUCACCAUGAUUGUAAGCCUCCAAUUCUUCACCUCAACAUAAAAUCAACUAACAUUCUGUUAGACGAAAACUACGAAGCCAAGUUAUCGGAUUACGGGCUGGAGAAGUUGCUUCCUGUUAUGGACAAUUACAUCUUAACCAAAUACCAUACCGCUGUAGGCUACGUCGCACCGGAGUUGGCACAAAGUUUGAGAGUUAGCGAAAAAUGCGAUGUCUAUAGUUUCGGAGUGAUUCUACUGGAGUUGGUAACAGGGAGGAAGCCAGUUGAGAGUCCAAGAGCAAACCAGGUAGUGAUUUUGUGUGAAUAUGUAAGGGAGUUGUUGGAAAGUGGUUCGGCUUCUGACUGUUUCGAUCGGAACUUACGCGGGAUUGCUGAAAGCGAGCUCAUUGAAGUGAUGAAGUUGGGAUUGAUCUGUACAUCUGAGAUCCCUUCAAAGAGACCGAGCAUGGCCGAGGUUGUUCAAGUUCUCGAGUCGGUAAGAAACGGAUUAGGAUCAUAGGAAUAGAUCUAAGAAAUGAUGGUAGCAGUCAGGAUUUUAGCAGAGAGGACAGCUGAAGUUUUUUCAAUUUUCUGUGGAUUCUUUUGUAUUCUUUCUUCAUUCGAUCGGGUCGGGUCGUUCGUUCGUGAUUUGUUUGUAAUUUUCGAACAAUAAGAUUCUUUAUUUAUUGUACUCAGAUGGAUCAUCUUUCACAA